AUGGAAGAGGACAUCCGCAAGUGGUCUAAGAGGGUCAACCUCAAAGAAAAGACCCAGUACAAUCCAAUAGAGGUUACAGAACCCCUUGCACUAGUUUGGAUGGAUCUGGUGGGUAAACUCACAGUCAACUAUGGGUUGUGUGAGAAGUUUGGGAUCAAAAGGAGCCUCUGCUCUCCCUACCAUCCACAGACCAAUGGCUGUAUGGAGAAACUGAAUGGAACGAUACAGAGCUUGACCUUUCAAAGCGCGAUGUGGCUGCUGGAGCUGUUUGCCACUAGGGACACUGGACUCUCAUUAGGCAGUAUGAGCAGGGAGGAAAGUGAGGAUACAGGAUACGUGAGGAGAGACGUCAAGGAAGCAGUGUGGUCAUACUUGCCUGGUCUCCCUGAUGACCUUCUUACCACCAUGCUGGAUGAGCUUGGGGUCGAGUCUAUUGAAGAUCUGACCUUGGUGGAGGAGAGGGAUCUGGUGAAAUACCUCAAACCUAUCCAAAGUCGGACGUUAAUGAAGGGCAUCAAGGAUGGACCUGUUACUCUUAAUAUGGAUUUAGUCUCUGCUCCUGAUCCAAGUGCUCCAAGUUCUCCAACUCCAUGUUCUCCAAACACAACAUUCCAGCCUCCAAAUCAGCUGUUGCCCAGCCCUCCAAGCACUGCCCCAAGCACAUCAAGCGCUUCACAGCCUGGCGUACCAUGGCAUGUUGACUUUCGUCUCAACUGGGACCAGGUGUCAUCAGCCAUUCAACUUAGAGUGGAAAAAGAAGAAAGACCAUUGCCAGACGAGAGAAAGGCCUUCGUGGUCAUGCUCGUGGACCAAAUGAUGCAGCACGACCGCAACCCAACCAGAGCCAUGUGCCACAGCGUUGUGAGAAACAUUGUCAGGAGCCAUCCAAAAUCAUUUGGCGACAUUGGCAAGCACGGUGAUACUGCUGGAGACGGAUGUCACUCUCUUCUGCAACAAGUAAAAACGAGAGUGGAGUACAAAAAUAGGAAUAAUACUCUUGCUCAAUGCCGCAGAGAAAGAAGACCGCGCACGGAAAUGGCAGGAGAGGCCAGACUGGCAAGUGGUCCUGUUGACCAAUACGGGUGUGUCAGGUGGGGCCCAGCAGAUUCGCCAGAGGGGGAGACUGAGGCAACGUUGGAGAAUAUGAAGAGGGAUCUGCUGAACAUCUACUCAGGCAUGCCAUCUACUCUCUUUUUGGAGGAAGGAAUGAGUUGGGCAGAGAGAGCAGAACCAAUGAUGGAAAAGACAUACGUCAUCCUGCGGAAAUACCUUAACAAAGUGCCUGCUCCAGCGAUGUCUGAGUUCGAAUAGGAAUGGCCAUUUCUCUUCUCUCAGAAAUGCCUAUUCUCACACUUUGGCCUCCUGACGGACGUCGAUGUCCUUCAGAAGCUACAGGAGGCAAUUAGUCGACGAGGACAGACCAUCCUGGAUUACUGUGCAACACUGGACAACCCCAAGAUCCGUGAUGUUCUGGCCUGCUAUGAUCCAGACUCUAACAAGGCUGCCUGCAUCGUGCUGCUUCUAAUGUUGUACUUCAAAGAGCCGAAAGAGAGUUUGAUGCUUGAAGUUGAUCCAUGUGCCACUGCUGUGGACGUCAAUACUGCAGAACUCCCCAGCACCCCUGCUUGAUCAUUCAACAGGGACGUGCACAGGGGGUUGCUCUGGUUGCCCGGGCAACUGCCCGUUUGCCUUUCCUGACUCAAGUUGCCCUUCGAGAAAAAAAAAUAAAAUAAAAAAAUAAUCGCGAUC